CUCCAGCCGCUCAGUGCUCCGGGGGUUGGAUGGGGGGCGGCACGGAGGGCGGACACAGAGCGGGGUAUCGGCUGUUUUGGCGGAUGGGAGCGGUGCCGGUGCCGUUCCCGUUCCCGUUGCCGGUGCCGGCGGGGGCGGUGCGCUCGGGACCAGCCGGUGCCAGCCGGGCCGGCCGCCAGCCUCCCCCGCCCGCCGGCCGUGCAGGGACCGCCCCGCUCCGCCCGCCACCGACCGGCUGCGGCUGCCCGGCGGCGGGGCUGGGCCCCCCUGGGCGGGAUCAGCCCUGCUGGGGAUCAUCCCCCUGCUCGGGAUCAUCCCCCUGCUCGGGACCAUCCCCCUGCUCGGGAUCAUCCCCCUGCUCGGGACCAUCCCCGGCCCGCCCGUGUCCCCCCGUGCCCGCCCGCAGCGGCUGCGGUGGCAGCGCCCGCAGCAGCGGCCGCGCUCGGCGACCUGCGCAACCCCGCCCGGCCCGCAGACAGGACCCCUGAAUGCCAGGCAAGGCGCCAGCGGUCAAGGCAGGGAGGGAACAACUCUCCCUGGCAGCCAGGAGCUGGAGUGGAGUGUCCUGCUGAGAUGGCGAGUGCAGAGCCCGACUCUGAGGAGGCAGCUGAGGCUGAAGAGGCCACCUACGAGGUGAUGCCCUGCGACAGGACCGAGCUGAGCCAGCGCCUGGCUGUGGAGGAGCUCAUCACCACCGAGGCCAGCUACGUCCACAACAUGCAGCUCUGCGUGUCGGACAUCCGGGCACACCUCCAGAAGAAGCAGCUGCCCGAGCUUGACCUGGAAGGACUCUUCUCUAACACCGACGACAUCCUCCAUGUGUCCAGACGGUUUCUGAAGGGUCUGGAGGCCACGGCGGGCCAGGGGCAGGAGCAGCUGCUCUGCAUCAGCACCCUGUUCCAGGAGUUCAAGGAAGAGAUGGAGGCCGUCUACAAGAUCUACUGUGCCAGCUACGAGCAGGCCCUGCAGCUGGUGGAGAGCUACCGCAGGGAGCCCCGGCUGCAGGAGGAGAUCCUGGACACCCUGAAUGCCACCGUGCCUCACACGGGCGCGUCAGACCUCAGCUUCUUCCUGGUGAUGCCCGUGCAGAGGGUCACCAAAUACCCUCUGCUGCUGGGGAAGAUCCUGGAGAACACCCCGAGCAGUACCAGUGCCCACUCAGCCCUGCAGGCAGCGGCUCGUGCCAUGGCCCAGGUCAAUGCCAACAUCAACGAGUACAAGCGGCGCCGGGAAGUGGCAACCAAAUACAACAAGGCCGAGCACCUGACGCUGCGGGACCGCCUGGCGCGCCUCAACACCCACUCCAUCGCCAAGAAAACCACGCGCCUCAGCCGGCUCCUCAUGCACGAGGCCGGCAUCGUGGCCAAGACUGAGGACAAGGAAUAUGACGACCUGGAAGAGAAAUUCCAGUGUGUGGCAUCCAGUGUGGCCACGCUGAAGGAGAAUGUGGAAUCCUACCUGGGCCAUUUAGAGGCGUUCCUGCUGCCCACCCCACACCGGUGCGAGCUGCAGAUGGACGAGGGACCUGCCCUGCAGCACCGCCGCCUCUCAGAGCUCCUCCAGAGCACCAUUUUCCCAGAGUUUAAGCAGCGUGUGCACAGGUUGGUGUGGCAGCCCCUCUGCAGCCUCUCAGACAUGCUGGAGGGGCCCCAGCAGCUGGUCAAGAAGCGCCUGGACAAGCUGCUGGACUACGAGGAGAUCCAGGAGAGGAAGAGCGAGAUGGGCAGCGUGAGCUACGAUGAGGAGGCAGCCAUGAACACCUACCUGGCCAUCAAUGACCUGCUGCUGGCCGAGCUCCCCCGCUUCAACCAGCUGGCUGUGCAGCUCCUGGGGCAGAUCCUGCGCUCCUUCAGCGCCCUGCAGCUGGACUUGGCUGCCCAGGUCCUGCACCAGGCACAAAAGGAGCUGGAGCAGCUGCCCCAUGGCCACAUGCCCCUGCCCAGCUUCUGGAAGGUGGUGGAGGACAGCCUGCAGCAGUCAGGGGCUCAGCUCCGUGCCUUCUGCCAGGCCUUUGAGACCGUCACCCCGAGCCCUGGCACACAGCCUCUGACCCCUGCUGAGGAGAGGAAGGUCCUUUCCCUGGUGAGCAAGCACGGCCCAGACAAGCUUUACCAAGUGACCAGCAACAUCAGUGGCAGCAGAGACUUGGACCUGACCUUGCUGAGGGGACAGAUCGUGGCUCUGCUGCAGAGCGCUGACACCAAGGGCAACACGAGCAGGUGGCUGGUGGAUGCUGGAGGUCCCCGAGGGUUUGUUCCUGCUGCAAAGCUCCGGCCCUAUAGCCCAGUGCCAGUCCAGCAGCCUGGGAUGCAUCUGCUGCCCCUGGACAGUGGCACAGAGAGAAGGAGACAUUCCUAUGCAUCCCCCGAAGCUCCCAGGCCACAGGUGGCCACCUUCACCCCAACAUUCCAGGUGGUCGCCGGCUUCUCCUUCGCAGCCAGGAGCCCGCAGGAGGUGACCCUGCAGGCAGGGCAGCCCGUGCUGGUGCUGGAGCCCCACGACAAGAAGGGGAGCACGGAGUGGAGCCUGGUGGAGGUGAACGGCCAGAGGGGCUAUGUCCCCUCCAGCUACCUGGUGACAGUCCCCGUGCAGGACCCCGCGGGCUGGAGCUUGCCCGUGUGAGCGUG